GAUGAAAGAAAGAGAAAACUCCUGAUAAAGAAGAAGCAAGUUGAUGGUGACCCCCAAAGCUGGCGAGUGAAGAAAUAGAUGUGCCACAGAGUUCCACUCUCAACCCUUCCUUGCGGAAAUGGUUCGCAAUUUCUCGAUGUUAGGGUUUCGGAAUGGUUCCCAAGAUGAUGAGAAUUUCCGGUGGAUUCAUCUUCAGGCGGGCCAGCAGAGGAUUAUCCCCAAACGGUAACAAUCCCAUGGGUUUCUCUGGUUUUCACAGUGGUGUUUCUGAUGUUAGUACAAAUCUCCAGGAUUCAUACCUGGAGCACUGCGAAUCGAACUUUAAUGGCGUCAAGAAGCUUGAUGAUGCGCUUGUUCUGUACCGGCAUAUGGUCCUUAUGAGACCCUUUCCUCCAAUUGUGAAAUUCAACCAACUCUUGAGUUCCAUUGUGAAGAUGGGGUGCUACAGUGAUGCUGUCUCGCUAUUUCAAGAUAUUUGUGCCUCUGGCGUUCGGGUAGAUCACUACACGUUGACCGUUGCUGCCAAUUCCCUUGCCCGUUUGGGUAGGGUAGACUUGGGUUUUGCCAUUUUGGGUACCCACUUGAAGCUCAGUCUAGUGCCCGAUGUCGUUUUUUACAACACUUUACUUAAAGGGUUGUUCCUUCAAGGUAGGGUUCAAGAUGCCAUUGGGUUGUUUAAGAAGCUAUUGAGUGAGAGACUGUGUGUGGUAAGUGUAGUCACAUUGCUAGUACUAAUUGAUGGCCUCUGCAAGGCUGGGCACACUGGCAAGGCUGGGAAGUUGCUUCAUUUGCUUGAUGAGAAAGGAAACCGCAGGCCAAAUGUGUUUGCAUAUAGCACCAUCAUUGAUUCUUUGUGCAAGGAUUCCAAGGUGGACGAUGCCCUUGUCCUGUUAUCCAAGAUGGUGGCAAGGGGCAUUCCUCCUAAUGUUGUGACCUAUACUUCCCUAAUUCACGGGCUCUGUAAAUUUAGCCGGUGGAAAGAGGUAAAAGAGCUGCUGAAAAGAAUGGCAGACUCUAAAAUUCCUCUUGAUGCCCAUACGUACACUGUAUUAGUGGUUGGGUUUUGCAAGGAAGGAUGGGUUAACGAUGCUGCGAAAACCAUAGAGACAAUGGUUCAAGAAGGUGUAGAACCCAAUGUUAUCACAUACAGUGUUUUGAUGGAUGGAUACUCCUUGCAAGGAAAGAUCAGCAGUGCUUUGAAACUCUUGAACACCAUGAUUUACAGGGGAUGCGACCCGGACAUUCAAACUUACAAUAUUCUAAUAAAUGGGUAUUGCAAGAGUGGGUAUUUAGAUAAGGCCAUGCAAUUGUUUGAAGAAAUCCCUAGCAUUGGCCUAAAGCCAACCGUUGUUACCUACAGCAGUAUCUUGGAGGGCUUGUUUCAGGCAGGGAGAUGUGCUGAUGCAGAGAAGCUUUUCAACAAGAUGGUAGAAAGUCAAGAAUAUCCAGAUCUUGUCACCUACACUAUUCUUUUGGACGGCUUCUGCAAGAACUAUCGUGUUCCACAAGCGCUCUCUUUGCUGAGGAUGAUGGAAGCCAACAGUCCUGCCCCAGAUAUCAUUACCUACAACACUGUCAUAAAGGGACUGUUCAAUGAUGGAAAAUCAAGCAUUGCAAUGGAUCUGUUCAUUGCCCUUCCCUCCAAAGGCGUGCAACCAAAUAUGACAACUUACAGAAUUAUGGUAAGUGCCUUUGCCAAGAUGCCAAAGGCAUGCUCAAGAAAAUGGUGUGAUGCCAGAUAGUGUGGCAUACAAUGUACUGAUCCGUGGGUUACUGAAAGAGAAUGAGCAUUGUGAUGCUACAUUACUUUUGGAGGAGAUGUUAAAACUUGGAUUUUUGCCUGAUGAUGCAACUUGCAAAAUUUUACUGAAGUCAAUCUUACGAGAAGGGCCAGAGUCCACUCUGCUGCAUAUGCUUCUGAAUAUCAAAGAGAAUGACCGAAAGUCCAGAUCUUGAAUGCUUUCCGGGAAGUUUCAUAUUAUUACCUCAUUGAGGGAGUUAGAGACUUCAAUCCUUAGGCCUGUGAUUCAUCUUUUGUAAAAUAGGCGGUAUUAGCAAUAGUUCUGAUGUUUACUCUGCUUAUGUUCUUCAGGGUGAUUCAGGUCAGAGCCAAUUUAUCAGAAUCAGGCGCCGUUUGGUACACGGAAUUCAAACUAUGGAAUUGGAAUUGGAGACAACAAUUUCAAUUCUGCUAUUUGGAGAAAAAUGAAUUAGAAAAAUGAAU